AUGGGUGAAGAUUUUAAUGGUGUGAAUGAAAAUUCGUUUACAGACAGAGAUCGUCAGGAUCGCGAUAAAGACAGAUCACGUGAACGAGAACGGGAUCGUGAUCGUGAGAGGAGGCACAAAUCAAGGAGCCGUGAUCGCAGAAAGCGGUCCAGGUCACGUUCCAAGGAUCGCAGAGAAAGAAAACGCAGCAAUUCGCCGAAAAAAAAUCGCAGUUCUCGCAGAAGAAAACCUUCGCUUUACUGGGAUGUACCACCACCUGGUUUUGAACACAUCACACCUCUUCAGUACAAGGCGAUGCAGGCAGCUGGACAGAUACCUGCUAAUAUCGUAGCAGACACGCCGCAAGCAGCUGUACCCGUUGUUGGAAGCACAAUAACCCGACAAGCAAGACGUCUCUACGUUGGUAACAUUCCUUUCGGUGUUACUGAGGAAGAAAUGAUGGAGUUUUUCAACCAACAAAUGCACCUUUCUGGUUUGGCCCAAGCUGCUGGUAAUCCAGUAUUAGCUUGUCAAAUUAAUUUAGAUAAGAAUUUUGCUUUUCUUGAGUUCCGUUCAAUCGAUGAAACCACUCAAGCAAUGGCUUUCGACGGGAUUAAUUUUAAAGGACAGAGUUUAAAAAUAAGGCGACCACAUGAUUACCAACCAAUGCCAGGAAUGACUGAUAAUCCUAGCAUGAACGUACCAGGUACGGUUCCGGAUUCCCCGCACAAGAUAUUCAUCGGUGGGUUACCCAACUACUUGAACGAGGAGCAGGUGAAGGAACUGCUGAUGAGUUUUGGUCAACUGAGGGCAUUCAACCUGGUGAAAGAUUCGGCGACGGGAUUGUCCAAAGGCUACGCGUUCUGCGAGUACGUUGAUGUGUCUAUGACAGACCAGGCUAUUGCUGGACUUAAUGGAAUGCAGUUGGGAGACAAAAAAUUGAUCGUCCAACGGGCUAGUGUCGGCGCUAAGAACCCGAUGAUUGGCACUCAGGCACCUGUUCAGAUUCAAGUACCUGGUUUAUCCAUGGUGGGAACUAGUGGACCUCCUACGGAAGUAUUGUGUCUACUGAAUAUGGUAACACCAGAAGAAUUAAUGGAGGAAGAAGAAUAUGAAGAUAUUCUUGAAGAUAUUAAAGAAGAGUGUACUAAAUACGGUGUUGUAAGAUCAGUCGAAAUACCUAGACCGAUUGAAGGUGUUGAUGUCCCUGGAUGUGGAAAGGUAUUCGUGGAAUUCAACAGUGUUAUUGAUUGCCAAAAAGCUCAACAAACAUUGACCGGACGUAAAUUUAACAAUCGCGUUGUUGUAACGUCCUACUUUGAUCCCGAUAAGUAUCAUCGACGUGAAUUUUAA